AUGGCGACUCAAUCUUCUGUUCAUCCCGACAAUCAAGCCGGCGGUUUGACUUACGAGCCGUUCGAAUCCAGUUACAUACUUCUUGCUGGCUAUCUAGUGAUUCCUGGAACGUUCACCACUCUCCAAAAGUCCGACAAAAUCCAUGAUGGCCUCGCCGAAAAUAAAGCCGGGGAGUGGAUUUUGAAUACUAUCCAGAAUCCUCCGCUUCUCGCGACGGCAUGUGUACUGUUUGUCUCGGGUUUGGCGAUCAUGGGCUGGCUGUUCUGGGAAUUUCGCGGGAAUUAUAUUUAG